CUCGCACUCGCUUCUUCUCCAGAAAAAACCCUAAACCACUUUCUCGCUCUCUGAAAAACUGUGGACAUGUUCUCUCCACUGACGAAGAGACCCAAGCAAAGCUCUCGCAAUGACAGAACUCCGCGCCAUCGAGUGGCUCCGCCGGAUUCUCCAGCAACUCCGACAACUCACCAUCGCGAAUCAGCUCAGCGAGACAGUUUCAUCUCAGAUCGUCCCGCCACUGGAACUCCUGCACCUUGGGCUCCUCGUUUGUCUGUUCUAGCUAGAGUUUCUCCUAUCAACAAUGGUGAAAAAGGAGAUGAUACAAACCAAUUAAAGCCUGUGUUCGUUGGAGAGUUCCCGCAGUUGGUUCGAGAUGAACUAACAUGCUUCUCGAGGAAUAAUAGUCCUCCUGGGGAUGUAAAUGUAUCUGGUGGAAUGGACAAAGAAACCUGCCUUUCUUGGUUUAUAAUUGGGACUAAACUUUUUGUUUGGAGUCACAUGACAACCGUACCAUCAAGAAAAUGUGUUGUUCUUCAACUUCCUUUGGUCAAUGAAGAAUCUGCUAGUGCUUUACAAGAUGGUAAAACCUGGUUGGUUAGCGUUGUCUCUUGGGAUACGUCCGCUGGUGCAGCAAGCAGGGCCGCUCUAUCUCGUUUCCCUGUUGGUAUUGUGAUGGUUCACAGAAUAACUAGAGGUGUUGUAUACUGGUCAGAUGUCUUUUCUGGUCAGGAAGUUGCACCUGUUACCAAUCUCGGCUCUUCUGACGGAACUGGUUUGUAUAGUUCACCCAAGGUUAGAAAGAGCCCGCGACUAAGUAAGAUAAGAAGCAAUAGAUCAGGAUAUAGUGAGCUUAGUUCUUUGAUUACUACCCCGAUUGCUGCAGCAGAGCGCCUUUGUAUCGCGAUGGCAUGCAGCUCCAAUGGUGAGCUAUGGAAAUUUACUUGCAGCCCUACCGGCGUUAAAAGUAAUCAAGUACACUUGGACGUCAGCUCUUCCUCCAUGAGUGAGGGUUUUCCAAGGUCCCUGGUCUGGCAGUUUUCCCAGGGAUUGUCAAGACAGUCUUGCUGUCAAUUUUUCAUGUUAACUGAUAGCGACAUACAUUGUUUUACAAUUGAACCUGAUCUAACUGUUUUAGAAGUCUGGCGUCAUGAGAUUGUUGGCAGUGAUGGUGAUUCCAGUAUCAAGAAAGAUAUAGCAAGUCAAAAGCAAAUCUGGCCUCUAGAUUUGCAGGUGGAUGAUCACGGUCAAGUGAUUACUGUUCUUGUUGCUACUAUCUGUAUGGACCGUGCCAGCAGUUCAAGCUAUACACAAUAUUCGCUUUUAACCCUCAAACACAAAUCUGAGAUGAAAUUUUCAGAUGGGAGAGAGGAAAGGGUUCUUGAAAAACAGGGUCCAAUUCAAGUUAUUAUCCCAAAAGCAAGAGUGGAGGAUAAAGAUGUUUUGUUCUCUAUGAAACUCAGAGUUGGUGGUAGACCCCAAGGGUCAGCGAUAAUCCUUUCAGGUGAUGGAACAGCCACAGUCUGCUACUGUCACGGUAAUUCUACCAGGCUAUAUAAGUUUGAUUUACCUUAUGAUGCUGGCAAGGUCUUGGAUGCUUCGGUUCUCUCCUCAGAUGAUGAACAAGAAUGUGGUGCAUGGACUGUGCUAACUGAGAAAGCUGGAGUGUGGGCCAUACCGGAGAAAGCUGUCGUGCUUGGUGGAGUUAAACCUCCAGAGCGAAGUUUAUCACGCAAAGGGAGUUCCAAUGAGAGAUCACCAGAUGAGACAAGGAGCACGCCAUAUGGUGUUGCUAGAACUGCUUCUAGAAUGGAUGAUUCUGAUUUCCUAAAUAGCAAUGACAAAGGAAAUGCUAAAAUGGGAGUUUUUCUUCCAACAGCCCGUGAUGAAGAGUCAGAAGCUUUGCUUGGUCAGCUCUUUGAGGCGUUUCUGUUAUCUGGGAAAGUUGAUGGUUCGUUGGAGAAGCUUAGUCAGUCUGGUGCAUUUGAUAGAGAUGGAGAGACCAAUGUUUUUGCUCGCAAAAGCAAAUCUAUAGUUGACACAUUAGCUAAGCAUUGGACAACAACUAGAGGGGCUGAGAUCGUAGCUAUGACUGUUAUAUCUGCACAGUUGGUGGAGAAACAACAGAAGCAUUUGAAAUUUCUACAAUUUCUUGCUCUAUCCAAAUGCCAUGAGGAGUUGUGUUCUAAACAGAGAAAUCCUUUGCAAAUAAUUCUGGAAAAUGGUGAAAAACUUGCUGCAAUGAUUCAGCUCCGAGAACUGCAAACACUGAUAAACCAGAGCCGCUCAGGCAGAUUUGGAUCGCCAAACGCUGCCUCAGAGGAUCAAGUUUCGUGUGCUCUUUGGGAUCUUAUUCAAUUUGUAGGGGAGAGAGCCCGACGAAAUACAGUUCUGUUGAUGGACAGAGAUAAUGCUGAAGUUUUCUACAGUAAGGUAUCUGAAAUUGAGGAAGUAUUUCAUUGCCUGAACAGACAGCUAGAAUACAUAAUCAGAGCUGAACAACCACUGGGAAUUCAAGUUCAGAGAGCCUGCGAACUGUCAAACGCAAGUGUUACAAUUCUUCGGACUGCCUUGGAUUACAAAAAUGAGCAUCAGAUGUGGUAUCCACCACUUGAAGGUUUAAUACCUUGGCACUCUCAGCCUGUUGUGUGUGAUGGGCUGUGGUGCAUGGCAUCCUUUAUGCUUCGUCUGUUAACUGAGGGAUCUAGGAUUGAUAUCUCUGCUAAAUCCGAUGUAUACAUGCAUCUCGAAAUGCUUACUGAAGUUUUACUAGAGGCUUGUGCUGGUUCUGCCAAUGCUAAACUGGAACAAGAUAAAGAAAACAAAGCUUUGCUUGAUGAGUAUUGGACUCGGCGGGAUACAAUUUUCGACUGUCUUUAUCAACAGGCCAAAGAGUUUAUGGAAGCAGAUUUCCAGGGCGUCAAAGAAAGAACUGAUAUGACAGAUGAAGAUAUCUUUAGUAACCGAUGUUCAGAUUUGCUUUCAGUUGCUAAGCGACAUGCAGGCUAUAAAAUUAUGUGGAAGAUAUGUUAUGAUCUCAAUGAUACAGGGCUACUCAAAAACUUGAUGCACGAGGGUGUGGGACCACAAGGAGGUUUCAGUUACUUCGUGUUCCAGCAACUUUAUGACAUGAAACAGUUCUCUAAGCUUUUACGGCUUGGAGAAGAAUUUCAGGACGAGCUGUUGAUAUUUUUAAAGCGCCACUCUGAUCUGAUGUGGCUUCAUCAGGUGUUUCUUCAUCAGUUCUCAUCUGCCUCUGACACUCUUCAUGCAUUGGCUUUAGCACAAGAUGAAGAGUCUAUGAAAGCAAUCGAAGAAGGAAGGGUGUCAGAAACUGAAGAUUUACAACCAACAUUUGCGGACCGCAAGCGGUUUUUGAACCUUUCAAAGAUAGCCUAUGUAGCAGAUAAGGAUGCUGAUUCCAAAUCGAAGAUGAAGCGCAUUGAAGCUGACCUCAAAUUACUGAAGCUGCAGGAAGAAAUAACAAAAUGUCUUCCAAGCGAUGAAAACAGAAACCAACUGUUCCGACCAGAAGAGCUCAUUGAAAUUUGUCUAAGUAUACAGGGCCGAUGGACAGCUAUAAAGGCUUUCGAGGUGUUUGCAUGGACGAGCUGUUCGUUCCGUGAGAAUCAUAAGAGUCUCUUGGAAGAAUGCUGGAGAAAUGCCGCAGAUCAAGAUGACUGGGACAGGCUCCAUCAAGCCUCUACUAACGAAGGUUGGAGUGACAAAGAAACGUUACUGAAUCUAAAGAACACAGCUCUUUUCCAAGCUUCCAAAAGGUGUUAUGGACCAAACCGAGCCAACGAUCUUGAUGGGGACUUUGCACAGGUCCUUUCACUGAGACGAGAGAACGCUGAGGAUAAAACUUCUUCUGUAGAGGACGUGUUGAUAAGCCACAAAGAUUUCGCUGAGGCGGGGAAACUAAUGCUAACUGCAAUCAUGCUCGGUUGUGUAGAAGAAGAAGGUAUCGAAGCAGAAGAUCUCGCAUCUCCAAUGGAGUGAAUGGUGUUGAGGGGAUUGCUUUUUGCAUUGCACCUCUGACGGUUUUAUGAGUUACUUAAUUGGACUGGGUUUGUGUAACAAGAGUUUAACUAUGUUUUUUUAAAACACGAAGUAGACCAUUCGGUGAAACCAUGUUCGGUCCAGCUUAUCUAUAAACCAAUUCGUACCAAACCA